UGGGCUCUCUCAUGCCUUGUCUCGCUCUUCUCCCCUCCUAAAACCUCCUUCUGAAGGAUGGCAGCUGCCUCUUUCCGCUAUGGCGUGACCAUCACCGGGGCUGUGCUGCUGGUGACGGGCACGCUGUGCUUUGCCUGGUGGAGCGAUGGGGAGGUGGGCAGCCUGGCCAGCAGCGGGGCUCGCCUCCUGCCUCCCCAGGAAGCUGAGGCAGUUCCCAGCUCCUCCUCCAGCGCCCUGCUCCGCUCCGUCAGCUUCUUCUGCUGCGGCAUUGGCGGCAUCCUCCUUCUCUUCGGGCUCCUCUGGUCCGUGAAAGCCAACGCCAGGGUGGUCUCCCGCCGCUACCAGUACCAUUUCCCCAGGGACCUGCAGUACUUCACCGCGGAGCCUCUGGAGAAGUGGAACUGCAGCACCUGGGAUGCCAGCGCCAUCCCCACCUAUGAAGAAGCCCUGACCUGCAGACCUGCCCACGGUGCUCCAGCCUACGUACAGCCUCCGGGGAGGAAGGAGGAGCUCACACCGCCCCUGUAC